AUGGAAUUUAAUUCGAAACAUCGAAAAUUAUCAAAAAAUAAAAAUUCUGUUCGUACUCCUUCAUCCUCGAAACCCAGAUUGACCAAAAAAAAGAUAGUUACGCGAAAACGAAAAUGCGUUUGCCCCCCUGAAAAUUACUCAGUUGUAGAGUUUCCCACGAUAUGGAAUGAACUAAGACAGAACGGUCAGCUGUGCGAUGGCACUAUCGUGUGCAGGGACAUGAAAUCAAUUCGAGUGCACCGGGCGAUACUAUCUGCCGUUAGUCCAUACUUCAAAGCUAUAUUUAUCAAUUCGUUAAAGAAAGGAGAGCCUGAAGAAACGGAAAUUUUUGUCGAUGUCCCUAGCUAUUACAUGACCUUAAUCCUCGAUUAUGCCUACACAGGAACUUGCACAGUGACUGCAGAAAAUGUGGAAUAUCUAUUACCGUAUGCGGAUCAAUUUGAUGUUGUUGGUGUUAUACAGCUAUGCUGUCAGUUCCUUCUGCACGAGCUGAGGCCGCAUAACUGUCUUGGAAUAUUUAAAUUCGCAAGAUAUUAUUUCUGUAGUGAGCUAGAAAAAAAAGGAAAGUUGUAUAUAAGACAGAAUUUUAGCAGAAUACUUAAGGAAUGUAUUGAAUUUAAAUCACUUUCAUAUGAUGAAUUAGAAGAUAUUUUGAGAGACGAUGAACUAAAUGUCCGAAACGAAGAAAUAGUAUUCCAAGCAGUUAAAACAUGGGUGGAACACGAUUUGGAAAACAGAAGAAAAUGUAUUCCAACGUUACUAUUGUGUAUACGGUUCGGUCACAUCAGCUAUAAAUAUUUUAAAUCGAAAAUAUUGCAGUGGCAGCCGGUUGCUGAAGACGAGAAAUGCCAAGAAGCUUUGUAUCCAGCUGUAGUAUUCCUAACAUUAUUGGAUUCAAGGCCAGGGACAGAAGCAGAUCUAAAUGAUCCUUUGGCAAGGCCCCGAAUACCUUUUGAGAUACUUUUUGCAGUUGGUGGUUGGAGCGCUGGUAGUCCUACUAGUUUUGUUGAAACAUACGAUACAAGGGCGGACCGAUGGUUUCUGUCUAUUCAUAUGGACCUGACACCUCGAGCGUACCAUGGCCUUUGCACGUUGAACAACUUAAUUUACAUGAUUGGUGGUUUCGAUGGGAGUGAUCAUUUCAACACAGUUCGGUGCUACGACCCCGUGGCAAAUACUUGGCACGAAAGAGCCUGCAUGUAUCAGGCGCGGUGCUACGUUAGUGUGGUGGCUCAUGAUGGACUAAUCUACGCCUUGGGCGGUUACAACGGUCGAACGCGUAUGUCGUCAGUGGAGCGCUACUACCCUGACAAGAAUCAAUGGGAAAUGACUACACCGAUGAACAAACAACGCUCAGACGCCAGUGCCGCGUCUCUUGGUGGAAAGAUAUACAUCGUGGGUGGAUUUAACGGCCAAGAAGUUCUAAGUUCUGCCGAGGUGUUUGAUCCAGAUACAAAACAAUGGAGCUUCAUCAGAUCGAUGCUCAGUCCCAGAUCUGGAGUCAGCCUUAUCGCCUAUAGAGACUGCCUGUACGCACUCGGGGGAUUUAACGGAUACAGCCGGUUGAACACAGGCGAAAGGUUCAACCCACAGCGCGGCGGGGACUGGCAGGAGGUGACGGAGAUGUUCAGCGCUCGCAGUAACUUUGCUACAGUGUUACUUGACGACAUGAUCUUCGUUAUUGGAGGAUUUAAUGGGUCAACUACGAUACCCCACGUGGAGUGCUAUGAUGGUGACACGAUGGAGUGGUACGACGCUGCACCCAUGAACUUGAACCGAUCAGCGUUGAGUGCCUGUGUUUUAGCGGGCCUGCCCAACGCGCGGUCUUUCUCAUACCUCGCCAAAGCCGUGCCUGCCGCCGGCGCAGACCAGGCACACCACUCCUGA